GCAGAUUUUUUUUUCUCUCUCUUCGCUUGUUGUAUGGUUGCGCAAACAUCAUAGGUCUGCAACUGUGCCGAGAGUUACUGCAGCAGGAUCAUUUGCCCGGCUUUUUUUAAAAUUAAACAAAACCUGAAAUAAGAGGUUCGAUGUAAAUCAGGGGGGGGGAAAACUUUUAAAUAAUCUAAGUUUUUUUUGUCGAAGACUCUGUGGAUACGUUACGAUCUAACUUUGACAAAUCUUAACUUGCAAAAACAAGUUUGACAACUUCAGGAAAGAAAAUCUUCUUUCCCCCCGCCCCCGUUCUCCGUGCCUGCAGACUUUUUUUUUGUGUGUGUGUGUGAACGUGGAAAAGCGAAAAAAUCAUUUUUUUUCUCUUGUUCGCCGUUAGUAAUCACAAAAUUCCGGGGUGUUUUUUUUUGAAAGGGGAAAAAUUGGAAAAGAGAAUGACGGAUGAUCGCAGUGUGUCAGACGUGGCUAGCCCGAGAGGGUCUGAGAGUGACUCGGUGCUGUCUCCCAGCUCGUCCUUUGCUGCCGAUGGGGAAGAGAAAUCUCAGUAUCAGGCUGGCACCGAGGAAGGGAGUGGGAAGCGAGAGAGCGAGGAAGACAAGUUCCCCCUUUGCAUCAGAGAGGCUGUGAGCCAGGUCUUGGAAGGCUACGACUGGACUCUGGUCCCCAUGCCUGUUAGAGUCAACGGAUCCUCCAAGAGCAAGCCCCAUGUGAAGAGACCCAUGAAUGCCUUCAUGGUAUGGGCUCAGGCGGCACGGAGAAAGUUGGCAGACCAGUACCCACAUCUGCACAACGCAGAACUCAGCAAAACACUAGGCAAACUGUGGAGGUUACUAAAUGAGAAUGACAAGAGGCCCUUUGUGGAAGAGGCUGAGAGACUGCGAUCCCAGCACAAGAAGGACCACCCGGACUACAAGUACCAGCCCCGCCGACGGAAGAACAUGAAGCCUGGUCAAGGUGAUGCCGAUGCACACCCGGAGGAUGGCCACAUCUCCUCUGUCCAGCCCCACUACAAGGCUGUGCCUCAGGAUCGUGGGCGCACAACUGGGAGCUCUCCACUUGCAGAGGGUCAUGGUGAGCACACAGGGCAGAGCCAUGGCCCCCCAACUCCCCCCACCACCCCAAAGACAGAGAUGCAGCCCGGAAAAGCGGAGGGGAAACGGGAAGGACGCCCGCUGGUAGAAGGAGGGAAGCCGCACAUCGAUUUCAGCAACAUGGACAUCGGGGACCUCAGUCACGACGUUAUGUCCAACAUGGAGACCUUCGAUGUCCAUGAAUUUGACCAGUACCUGCCGCCCAACGGGCAUCCCAGCCACGGGCAAGCCCUGGGCGCCGGGGCCUACGGUGGAAACUACGGGCUCGGAGGGGCACUGGCCGGUGGACAUUCCGCCUGGAUCUCCAAGCAACACGCCAGCGGCUCAGCCCCGUCGGGCCCGGCCGCCGCCUCGGCCGAGUCCAAGACCCAGAUCAAGACUGAGCAGUCGCACCCGAGCCACUACUCGGAGCAGCAGCACUCCUCGGCGCAGAUCACUUACACCUCCCUCAGCCUCCCGCACUACGGCACAGCCUUCCCCAGCAUCACCAGGUCCCAGUUCGACUACCCCGAGCACCAGGCCACCGGGCCUUACUACAGCCCGUCCGCCCAGACCUCCGGACUCUACACCGCCUUCUCUUACAUGGGCGCCUCGCAGCGCCCGCUCUACACCUCCAUCAGUGACCCGCAGUCGGUGCCCCAGUCCCGCAGUCCCACCCAUUGGGAGCAGCCCGUCUACACGACGCUCACCCGCCCAUAAUGACUACCCCCAACCCCCCUUUUUACCUCCUACCAAUGGCCACCCGCCUUUUUUGUUUUCUUUGCACCUGACUGAAGGAGAAAUAAAAAUACGAAAUACCACAGCUUUUAAAACAAAACAAACAAUUAAAAACGUACGGUUCCGAAGAUUGACCCCCUCCCGCUGACGAGCGGCUCGCAAUAUUCUCCGCGCGUCCGGACGGAGCCGCAGGGUUUUUCGCGCCUAUGGACAAGAGGGUUGACGCCAGGCCGGCGCCAUGUGUGAUCGCUGUCAGUUGAGGGGAGACGUUGGCUCAUGGCGCCUCUGCCAAUAGUCAUCCUCUCUCCCGUUUUUUUUAACAACUCCAAUCCCUCUCCCUCCCAAAAUAACCACCUCUCGGGCUAUGAUCGAAAGCGUGGAAGUUCCCCCCACCUCACCCCCACACACCAACCGAGUGAGUGAGGUGUUGACCAAACUUGUGGACUUGCUCAAGAUGUUCCCCCCACCUCCGCCUGAGUGAGGAACCGCGGGGAAGCCUUAAGCCUGCUUUGCUUCAACUAGCGAGUAAAUGUCGUUUUAGUUUGUUUUAACCUGCUUAGCUCUCACACAGGCUGCUGUUUGGUUUAACUGGGGGGCGGGGGAGGGAGGGACUUUUCACCAUUGCUAACGUUGUGCAAGUGUGUGUGUGUGAGUGUGUGAAUGUGUGAUCGCCUUGGCGACCUGGUAGGGUGGAAAACUUGUACAUACUCCAAAGACUUUUAAGAGUCUUUCGGCCCCUUUUUUAUAAUUUCCAGAGGUGCGGCAAAAAAAAUCCCCAGUGUAAAAUGCAUUGGGGCAAGAUUCCUCCUGUUUUUUUUUAAAGUCCCACCUGUUGUGGAGCGGGCAGAGUUUUGGCCCUGUCCACUUCCUCUGGACUGACGAGGAGCCGUUUUAAUUCACCUCCUUGAGAGUUUACUCCAUUGAUGGAGUGUUGGCUAUUUUAGGCUUGCAGGAGGCUAAUCUAGGGUUUGGCAAGCCUUCCUGGUAAAUCCAGGGACUAAAGAUCCCAGGUGCUUUCAGCAGUUCUGGGAGAAGAAUUACAGGGAUGCUUAAACAGCAAUAUGGAUAUUUCUGUCCGGAUGUGUUUUGUUAGUUGUAGUUGGAGAAAGGAUGUGGAAUGGAGGAGGAAGCCUCUUUGACAUUCAAGAAUCAUUUGAUCAGGAUGAAGAGUUUUCCAUUUGGGCCCGGGAAUGUGCCACAAACACUAUGGUAUUGGACUGUUUGGGUCUCUUGAAUCUCUUGUAGACCCAGUUUGCAUUGUGAUGACACAGGAGAAAGAAAUGCAAAAGUUUGGAGGCCUUAUCCAGUUGCAAACACUGGAUCACAGAUCUCCUUCAGCAGAUAAGUACAGGGAGUAUGUAGGACCAUUAAAAGUUGAACAAAGUACUUAAUUUAUUAAACAGUCUUUUGUAUACAGUAUAUAAAGAUGUAAAAGGUAGUGUGGUAAUUUUGGAUUAAUGAUCCAAAGACAGAGUUCAAUCCUGCCAUGACAGUUUUGGGAAACAGAAAUACAAUGUUUGUCUCAGUAAUAGUGACCAUGAACCAAAAACCACUUGUAUCUUUUAGGACAGGAAAUCUACUGGGCUUCCCUGAUUUGGAAGAUGGGUGACUCAAUUUCUACACCAAAUAUUUAUAUGAAAUUGUAGUUCUGGGAAAGCCAUCAUUGGGAUGGGAAAUAAACAUCAGCCUUGGCAGAAUUUUCUGCCUCCCAUACAAUGAGCUUCUCGCUCAAGGUUGCUUGGGCUAUAAUCUCACUGGUCAGUUUUCCAAUUAGCCCUCCCAGAAGAGUUCUGCUCCUUAAAUUCCCUUGAGGCUUAUUAGAAUUGGCCAUGUAUCCCUAUUCCAAAAGUCAUAAUGAGAAACCAUCGCCAGCUCCUCAAAAUAGGGCCCUAUCUUUCAAGAAGUGGGAGAAGUAAGAUUAAACUUCACCCACUCCAUAACUAUACAAGUUUGAGACCAGAUCACUAUGGGGACUGUGUUGUUUGCCUCUAUAGCCGAAUGGUUGGAACUCUUACUGGAUGUAGUAAGGGUGUAACAUUAAAGGAACUUUGUUGCUUGUUUUGUUGAAUAUAUUUAAUAAUCCUAAUUUUAAUGGCAGGAUUCUCAUUGCCCCCAAUCCCUGUUCUUCAGCAGCCAUUUUGAACCUGCAGCAGAGGUGGAUAUUGUGUUUUGCUGAAGGUCUACUGAGGAAUUAUUUUGUGAACUCUCCCUCACUGGGGUAGUUACCUGUGACGUUAGGGUUUAUCAUUGAUGACCAUCAACCAGACCAGAGCCUUUCCUCAUCCUAGUUUUUUGCUCUGGCAUUGAGUUGGGGGAAUUCAAUUAGGCACACAUCCAAGCCCCUCAGCCCGAUAUCCAGUAGAUCCUCAAUCUACAGGGGAAGCCUAUUCAGUGUAUAAAGCCCUUUAAAAGAAGCCUUCAAUUAGUCCCACAGGUUGGAGUGUGAAUUUUUCAUGAACAUUCAAGUGUCUCCUUUUGCAAGUAUCAAUUCACUUUUGGAAGGCCUGAUUGAAACUGAUUUUUCAGACAGCCUAUCUCAGGUUACAACUGGUUAGCUCAACUCUGGACAGUACAGGCGACCCAGGUUCAUUUCCCAUCACUGCCUGUAAGGAGUUUGUACGUUCUCCCCAUGACUGCAUGGGUUUCCUCCCACAGUCCAAAGACCUACCAGUUGGUAGGUUAAUUGGCCAUUGUAAAUUGUUCUAUGAUUAAGCUAGGGGUUAUAUGGGGGGGGGGUGCUGGGGCCAUGGCUCGAAGAGCCUAUUUUGCACUGUAUCUCAAUGAAUAAUAAAUAAAUAAAUGAACUUGUUGAACUGGAAGUGGAGAGAGGAAAUUACCUUUAGUGAUUCUACCAAUCAUCUUGAACUUGUGCCCUCUCGUUCAUGACAUUCCUGCCAGUGGAAGAAACUCAAUUCUGAGUGCCUCUUUCAAAUCUCCUCUUAACCUUCUCUGCUCUGAGGUGAACAACCUUAUUUUUCCCCUGGCUUCCCUCAUAAUCAAAGGCAUGGAGUCAUAACACAGCACAGAAACAGGCCCUUUGACCAAUCUAAUCCACGUUGAACUAUUAUUGUCCGUAGUCCUAUCAACUUGGACCCGGACCAUAGUCCUCCUUACCCCUCCUAUCCAUGUACUUAUCCAAAUUUCUCUUAAAUGUUGAGAUCGAACCCACAUCCACCACUUCCGCUGGCAGCUUGUUCCACACUCUCACCACCCAGUGGUGAAGAGGAGCACCCCAUCAGGCUCCCCUUAAAACAUUUCACCUUUCAUCUUUAACCCAUGAAAUCUAGUUCUAGUCUCGCCUGACCUCAGUGGAAAAAGCCUGCUUGCAUUUACCCCAUCUAUAUCCAUCAUAAUCUUGCAUACCUCUGUCAAAUCUCUCCAGACUCUCCCAGGGAAUGAAAUCCUAACCUAUUCAGCCUUUUCCCUAGAAGUUCUGGCAACAUCCUUGUAAAUUUUCUCUGCACUCUUUCAAUCUUACUGAUAUUUUUCCUGUAGGUAGGUGACCAGAAUUGCACACAAUACUCCAAAGUAGACCUUACCAUGGCUUUUCCAACUUCAACAUAACACUCUAACUCAUGUACUCAUGCUUUGAUUUGUGAAAUCUGCCAUUAUGCAGAGGAGUUUUGUAAUGGGUCUGGAUCCCCUCACCUACAGAACUAUAUUUCGCACGGCUGCCCUGCCACUGCCGAACAUAGAACACCUCAGCACAGUAGAGGCCCUUUGGCCCAAGCUUGUGCUGAGACUUUAACCUACUCUAAGAUCAAUCUAACAACUGUUUUCAGCCUCAUCUUGUGUGAAAAGAAUGCUGCUUUGGAUGAGCUACCAAACAAGAUCUGGCAUGUUCAGGAAAAAAGAGGACAGGAGAAAUGUCAGAAUAGCUGUAUAUAUUUCUUUAUCCAAACUGGGGGGGGGGUGGAUCUCGAUGCAGGCAAGCCAAAAUCUCUCACCGAUACCUUUUUAAACAGGCCUUGAGAUCUUGUGUUGGUGUCAGCGCGCGUGUGUGUGUGUGUGUGUGUGUGUGUGUUGAUUCUUUCAGACCUGAACUUGAUUUUGAAAAGCCUGAUUUUUUUUAAAAAGAGAUUGGUUUUUGCCUUGCUCUUAUCUGUCCCCUUUAUUUUGAUUUGCUUUUCCAAAAGAUACCUACCGAAAGGGGGCUUCCUCCUGCAUGGGAUCCUGGUUCUGAGAGGGUAGGGGGAUCUGCGAGCGGA